AUGAAUGCUGUAGAAAGUCAACAUAGACGUAUGUUUUUUUUGUAUGGCCAUGGAGGUACAGGAAAGACUUUCCUUUGGAAAACUUUAGCUUCAGCAUUGAGAUCAAAGGGACAGAUAGUCCUAACUGUUGCCUCUACCGGUAUUGCCUCUCUAUUGUUACCUGAAGGUCGGGCUGCACAUUCUAGAUUUGCCAUACCAUUAACCCCAGAUGAAUUCUCUACUUGCAAUAUCAAGCAGGGAAGUCCAUUGGCAGAGUUAAUUGUAAGAGUAAAGCUAAUAAUCUGGGACGAAGCUCAUAUGAUGAGCAAAUUUUGUUUCGAAGCACUGGAUAAGACAAUGAAAGAUUUGAUGAGGUUCAAACAUGAUGAAAGCCCAGAGAUGCCAUUCGGAGGAAAAACAAUAGUCUUUGGUGGAGAUUUUAGGCAAAUCUUGCCAGUGAUUCCAAAGGGAACAAGACAAGACAUCGUCAAUGCGUCUUUGAAUUCAUCAUAUCUAUGGCAGCAUUGUGAAAUAUUAAAGCUAACCAUAAACAUGCAGCUGGAAUCCAUGGCUGCAGAUAGUGGCAUACAAGAUUUGCAGCAAUUUGCCGAAUGGAUUCUUCAUGUCGACAAUGGAAUAUCGAAAGGAAUGAGUGACGAGUGCAAUUUGAUUAGCAUACUUCCUGAAUUCCUUAUCACCUAUUAUAAUGAUCCAAUUGAAGCAAUCGUUGAAGCAAUCUAUUCUGAUUAUAUUGCUGACAUGGAUAACGAAGGCCACUUGAAAGGUCGAGCUAUUUUGGCUCCUACAAUUAAUGCGGUAGAUGAGGUGAAUGAUUACAUGAUCGAACUGAACAACAAUGCAUGCAAGUCUUAUGUUAGUUCCAAUAAAUGUUUGUUCGAAGGAGGUAACAAUGAAAUUGAAGGCAUGCACACACCGGAGAUUUUAGCAACAAUUAAAUGUUCUGGGGUUCCAAAUUAUGAAUUGAAGCUAAGAGUUGGUUGCCCUGUCAUGCUUAUUAGAAAUAUUGAUCGCUCUUCAGGGCUUUGCAAUGGCACUAGAUUGAUAAUUACAAGACUUGGAGAUAAAGUUAUUGACGGAGCGGAAAUUAGCCAAUUAGGAAAUUAUAGUAAGAACAGCGUUAUUGGGCCGAACGGGCUGAACCGGGCGAACCGGGCCCGUAUUGAGCCCAAGGCCCAGUCCAACAUACAUGAUCUAAUGAGCUUCAGCUCAUUUCACUUCAUCAUCACCGUUUUCACGCUGAGCAUGCAAAAGGGGAAGAAGAAAAUUGAUUCCAAACCCUUGCUCAAUUUCAACUUGCCACAUCUUUCAAUCCAGAACUCCGAUCGCUGCACCGUUUGCGGCCACGUAUCUGCAGAGACGAGCUCUACAAAGUCCGGUACCUUUCAAGGUGAGAAAAUCACAUUCUCAGCUCCUAUUCCCUCUUCUUCAGUUCGAAAAUGUUAG